CCAUGAAACACAUGUUUUGCUAAACAGAGUGACCUAACGCGGGAAUGUUUGAAAUGAUUCAGGGAAGAGCUUAGAGAUAUUGCGACCAUACAUGAACAAAAUAUUUCAGACAAAUGUCUAAAAUUAAAAGUCGAAAAAACAUUCCAGUUCUCAUUGUUGAGAAUCAUCAUGAGGUUGUUCCUCUCAUCCAUCGAGAUAUUGGAUCGAAACAUCUCCCAUUCAGCGAUCUAACCUUGAUCCAUUUUGACUCUCAUCCUGAUAUGCUUAUCCCUGUGGACAUGCAGGCUGACACAGUCUUUGUGAAGGAAGCACUAUAUGAUGCUUUGAGUAUAGAGAACUGGAUCCUUCCACUAGCGCAUGCUGGUCACAUCAAGGACAUCUACUGGUUGAAGCCGCCCUGGUGCACUCAGAUACAAGACAAGCAUUUCACGUUUUAUGUUGGCAAAUGCUGUAACACUGGAACCAUCAGAACCACAUGCACAGAAAGCUACUUUGUGAGUGAGACUCUUUAUGUUCCUGAAUCAGAACUAGUGGAGAAGAAACUAGUAUCUUUAACUGUCAUCACUGUUGUGCCAGAAAAGUGGUCUGACAUUGCCAUGGGAACAGAGGCUUCUAAAGUUAGCAGGAACAAAGAAACAGCAUCAGGUAUCCUGGACAAGAGCCAGUCAAAAGAUGUAAAGACAGACACCAAGGAUGAGUCCACAGAUUCACCAACAUCACCCAAACAGAGGAAGACUGAUGAGCCGUUAAAUGUUUACACUGACGAAAAUUUAUGCUCGGAACUCAAUAAAUCUUUAUAUUCGUGCCUUAAAGAACUCUCAGAAAGUCUAGGCAGUAAGCAGUUUAUUCUGGAUAUUGAUUUAGACUUCUACUCCACCAAGAAUCCUUUUCAGGGAAUGUACACAGCGCAACAGAUGACAUUGCUGAAGAAACUAUACAAGUAUACAGGUCCUGAAGAGAAGACCAGUCAGGCCAUACAGAGAUGUGUAUCUCUGCGACAGAAACAGCUCUCAGACCUAAAAUUGGCCAUCAUGACUCUAUCUAAAGAUAUUUCUGCAGAGGUGGAAAUGGAAGUGGCAAGACUGGAGAUGGUGCGCGAGCUUGUGACAAGUUUCCAGAGUUGUGAGCCUGACUUUGAUAUAUUGCAUGAUGCUGGGUGUACAAUGGAUGACACAGAGUUGCCGCAUCAUGUGAGCUCGGGAGAAGAGAUAUGUGCCCUGGUACAGGAAACAAAACAAAUACUGGAGGCUUUGCCAAGACCGGCUCUCAUCACAGUGUCCAGGUCGAGUGACGAUGACUACUGCCCACCUGACCAGGUAGACUACAUCGAGGAGGCUGUGUCACUAGCUCUGGAAGAGGUGUAUGUGUACACCCAGAUACAAAAACACUACUUGGGAAGUGAGGAGGAACCAGCUGUAGGAACGUCAUCUUAAGCAGAUGUAUUAACAUGUCCACGCACACUGGACAGUGAGGAGGAACCAGCUGUAGGAACGUCAUCUUAAGCAGAUGUAUUAACAUGUCCACAAACACUGGACAGUGAGGUUGAAUCAGUAGGAAUGUUGUGUUAAGCUCUACAUCAAUGUACAUAAACAUCCACGAACACUGGACAGUGAGGAUGAAUCAGUUGUAGGAAUGUUGUGUUAAGCUCUACAUCAAUGUACAUAAACAUCCACGAACACUGGACAGUGAGGAUGAAUCAGUUGUAGGAAUGUUGUGUUAAGGUCUACAUCAGAUGUACAUCCACAUCCACGAACACUGGACAGUGAGGAUGAAUCAGUUGUAGGAACGUUGUGUUAAGCUCUACAUCAGACGUACAUCCACAUCCACAUCCACGAACAGUUUAUGGAUAAUAACUUCUUUAUUAUAUUAUGAUGCAACCGUUGUCAAGCCAGAGUUAGUUAACCUCUACAACUGAGGUACAUACACAUCCACGAACACUGGACAGUGAGGAUGAACCUUGUCACUUCUUUGAGUGGCAUUGUUUAGAAGUUGGAGAGAAUAAAGAGGUUGUUUAUCCAUAAA